UAUUCACGCAAACCCUAACCCCACCAUCAAAAAAGAACGGCAACAGAUUCUUUUCCUCUGUGAUAAUCAAGUUCACGGUCGCAAAUCACAUCAAGAAGAACGAUAACAGGUACUUGUUUUCUUAUGAUAUGUAUUACAAUUAUAGUUCUUCUUGAUGUAAUUGUUUUUUGUUUGGAUUGAUUGUUUUCUAGUUGAAUUGUAUGAUAGAUCGGUUAAUAUGAUCUAUAGAAUGUUCAUACACACAUAUAAUCUCAACCAGUUAGGGUUUAUUCGUUCGUUUUCUGUCACGAUUUGACUCGAAUGAUAUGAACACGAGGACGUUACAUGUUAAUCUGUACCAGCAGCUUGAAUUAGGUUAUAUGUAGUUGCAGAUCACUAGAUAAGUUCUAGCACUGGAAUUUUGGAGUUAAAACCUAAUGUUAUUUGGUUAAUUGGCUCAAACGCAUUAUUUCAGUUAGAGAGUAAGUGAUAUGUUUCUGUUUUCACAAAUUUAUUUAAGCUAGGUGUGAAUAGAAACCUUUUCUCAUCAUGUUGGAUAUGACGGUCAGGUAAUGAAAUGGACAUCAUGCUUCUGAACCAGCUUCUAGAAAAUGAUAUAUGAAGUGCAAUCUUUUUAUUUUAAUCACUGCAAAUUACAUGCUUUUUUACUAUGCUUGUUUGUUUACUGUGCAUACAAAGUGACUAUUUGCAAAAUUGCUUAAACUAAUGUAAAUUAAUGGUAACUUGUAUUGUCUCCGGCUGAUUGCCGCAUACGAGUAUAGUUAAUUGUUGCAAAAUUGCUUUAACUUUUAAACACAUUGAUAUGAGUUGAUUAAUGGCAAUGAAUUAGUUGAUUAUACAUAGGUAAAGUGGGUCGGUUGACUAACUGGUCAUAUGGGUAAAGUUUUAUACAGGUCCAAAUGGAUUAGAAUUGUUAUUUUAAUAAUAUAGUCUGCUAGUUGCCCAUUAAUUUAAAAGGUUAUAUUUGAAUUUAUUUAAUUAUAUUAGACUUUGAUCAUAUUGAUUGAGGUUCGUUUGUUUAUGAUUUAUGCAAUUCUAUUUAUGUGUGUCAUUAAGCUAUAGUUAAUACUACCAUGGAUCCAAGCAACCCGAACAACACAAACAACCCGCCACAAACCCCGUGGACGCCACCCAUUGAUCCGAUGUGGGCGACUCCACAAUUUUCUUUUACAAGCUACAAUCAAGUUCCUAAUGCGUUCAACCAACUCCCUCAAACCCCGACUCCUAACACGUUCACGCAACUCUCUCAAACCCCGAAUCCUAACGCGUUCACGCAACUUCCUCAAACCCCGCAACCUACUAGUUUAUUUCAACUUCAACAAAUCCAAUUUCAACAACAAUAUCAGCAACAACUAAAAACGCUCCAACAAAGCCAAAGUCGGCCUAUUCAUACGAAAGUCCAAUCGCAACCGACACCCGAUACCCCUUCGUUAGACGAUUUGGAUGACAUUGCCGUUGUACCCGAAACCCAACCUCAAAGUUCUAAGAAAACAUCUACAAAAAAGCGUUCAACGAGGCCGGAACAAGAAAAUUUAACCACCGGAAGAGGUCAAACUUGGACAUCGAUCGAAGAGUUGGCGUUGGCAAGGGCGUGGACCAAUACGUCUACGUGUCCGAUCGUAGGUAAUAAUCAAAAGUCUGGCAGUUUUUGGAAGGAGGUUUGCAACAAAUUUCAUGCUUUGAUGCAAAAAGAACCGUACCGAGAAGUGAACUCAAUGAGCUCAAAGUAUCGAGAGAUGAAUAAGAAGAUAUCGGCGUUUUGUGGUUAUUACAACAACGCUCAUUCGAAUCGGCCAAGUGGGGCGAGUGAUGAAACGGUUUUUGCCAUAGCUAUGUCAAAAUACCAUACGAAAGAAGGUAGUGCGUUCACAUAUGUAGGGGCUUGGGAAAUCUUUAAAAAUUGUCCCAAGUGGGCGCCGGUUCCUAACGAGGUGGCAAGAGCAAAGAGGUGUAAGACAUUCGAGUCGAUAGAGCAUAGUGCCGGUGAUUCGGAUGUGCGUUACCAUAUUAAUAUUAAUGACGAACCCGAGUUUGACGAUGAAGUGAUGGAGAUUCCGGAAUUGAAGCGCCCAAAUGGCAGAGACAAAGCAAAAAAGGAAGCAGCGGCCAAAAAUAAAGAGAUGUCGACAAAAAAUGAAACUCCGGGUGAAACGAAGGUGGAUAAGUUGAUGAGCAAGUUCACCGAAUUUAACGAAAUACAAGCGGCGAGACUUAAGUUGAAAGAAAAAGAAAUGCAAGAAGCGGCCGAUCGUGAAGACUUUAAGCUAAUGGCAACAAACAUCGACUCGCUCCCGGAAAAAGAUAAAGAAGUGUUGCAAAAAAUGAAGGCGAAAAUUGCUAAAAAAUGGAGUCUUUAAAUUAUGUCGUUAUCAUUUUUUAUAUUUUCUAGUUUUCGUCUUUAAUUUACGUCGCAAACAUUUUUUAUAUUUUCUAGUUGUAACGAAAUUGAUUCAGUUUUAUAUUUUAUGGAUUAUAUUACUUUUAUUUUUU